UUUUAUUUUGAAAUUUUUCAACCUCACCUCCUUUCCCUCUAGUAACUAAAGAAAAUGAAUUGACUUCAAUGGAAGGAGAAUCAUUUCCACCGUGAGGAGCGUCUCUACACACCACAUUUCCAUGACUAAAGUUGGACUGAUGUAGAGGCAGCUUCAUCCGGAUGGUUUGUAUUUCCUUCCACAUCUAUGGAGGGUUUAGUUGACAUCGGCAGACAGAGAAAACUCCUUAUCCUGUGCCUAUUUAUCGGGAACGUUGCAGCUGAUUGUGAAAAUCCUACAAAUAGAGUACGCAUAGAGAUCACAGCAGAAUCUCUUAAAAUAAAAGAAUUCCCUGAUGGUACUGUGAUCAAUUACAAGUGCAUACUUGGAUAUAAUAAAGUAAGUGGCACUGGGGAGAUGACCUGCGUCAAUGGGAAGUGGACCGAGCCAGACAUCACCUGCAAGCCGAGGAACUGUGGUAUCCCUCCAGCACAUUCAUACAUGGUAUAUGACGUCAGGCAGGGGACUCUAUUUGGUGCAUCGGUUUAUGUAACUUGUGUAAGAGGUUACGUGCUCUAUGGAUCGAACGUAAUACUUUGCACCCACAGGAUGGUAUGGAGAUGGAAGAUGUGUAUAUGUUACUUGUUCCAUACCGAGUAUAGGAAAUGGCACACAUACUUGGACUAGUCACCGUAAACCAGAAUAUCGACAACGUAUACAUUUCACUUGUAACCCAGGAUACAACUUGCAUGGGAGUAAAACCAUUACGUGCAAUAGAAUGGGCCAAUAUGAUCCUGAGCCACCAAAAUGCAUUGCUGUUACUUGUUUCACACCGGAUGAAGUGGGAAAUGGCAGACAUUCUUGGAUUAGUGAUCUUGAACCAGAAUAUCGACAAAUUAUACGUUUCACAUGUAACACAGGAUACAACUUGGUUGGGAAUGAAAUCAUAAGGUGUACUGAAACUGGUGUAUAUGAUUCUCAGCCACCACGAUGUGUCCCUGUUACUUGUCCCGAACCGACCAUAGUGGAAAAUGGCAGAUAUUCUUGGCAUGGUGACCAUAAACCAGAAUAUCGAGAAACUAUACAUUUCACAUGUAACACAGGAUACAACUUGGUUGGGAAUAAAAUCAUUACAUGUACUGAAACUGGUGGAUAUGAUUUUCAGCAACCACGAUGUGUCAUUGUUAGUUGUCCCAAACUGACCAGACUGGAAAAUGGCAGACAUUCUUGGAUUAGUGGCCGUAAUCCACAAUAUCGACAAACUAUACGUUACACAUGUAACACAGGAUACAGCUUGGUUGGAAAUGAAACCAUUGAGUGUACUGAAACUGGUGGAUAUGAUUCUGAGCCACCACAAUGUAUCCCUGACUGUUCCAAACCUCACUAUGAAGAGAUAGUUCUCACUGAUGAGUCCCUCCUUCAGAGUAACACUUUUCCAAUUGGUACUGUGAUGAAAUAUCAGUGCGUACUUAGACAAGAUCGAAUACCUAUCACAGUCAUUACGUGUGUCAAUGGGAAGUGGACCAAGCCAAAUAUCAACUGCAAGAGGAAAGACUGUGGUUUCCCAGCAGCACAACCGCACAUGAUAUUUGAUACCAGCAGGGGUACUUUUCAUGGUGCAGUGGCUACAGUAAUCUGUGAAGAAGGUUACCGGCUCAUUGGAUCGAGUUUCAAACAUUGCCGUCUCUCAGGAUGGCAUGGUACUGCAAUUUGUGAAGCUGUUACUUGUUCCCAACCGAUCCAAGUGGAAAAUGGAAAACAUUCUUGGAAUAGUGUCCGUGAACCAGAAUAUCAACAAACUAUACGUUUCACAUGUAACGCAGGAUACACCUUGUUUGGGAAUGAAACCAUUAGAUGUACUAAAACUGCUCAAUUUGAUUCUCAGCCACCACGAUGCAUUGCUGACUGUCCCAAACCUCAACAUGUACAGAACACAGUUCUCUCUGCUGAGUCCCUCCUAAAAAGUAUUUUUCCAAGUGGUACUGUGAUCAAAUAUCAGUGCAUAAUUGGAUAUAAUAAAAUAAGUGGCAGUGGGAUCAUUAGAUGUGUCAAUGGGAAGUGGACCAAGCCAGAUAUCAUCUGCAAGAUUGUUACUUGUCCCAAACCGACCAGAGUGGAAAAUGGCAGACAUUCUUGGAAUCGUGUCCGUAAACCAGAAUAUCAACAAACUAUACGUUUCACAUGUAACACAGGAUACACCUUGUUUGGGAAUGAAACCAUAAGGUGUACUGAAACUGGUGGAUAUGAUUCUCAGCCACCACGAUGUGUCACUGACUGUUCCAAACCUCAACAUGUACAGAACACAGUUCUCUCUGCUGAGACCCUCCGAAAAAGAAUUUUUCCAAGUGGUACUGUGAUCAAAUAUGAAUGUAUGAAGGGGUGUGAUCAAAUAGGUGGCACUGGAAUCAUUAGAUGUGUCAAUGGGAAGUGGACCAAGUCAGAUAUCAUCUGCAAGAGGUCAGACUGUGGUCCCCCAGAAGCAAAACCGCACAUGUCAUUUGAAACCGAAGAGGGUACUGUAAUUGGUGCAAUGGCUACAGUAAAAUGUGAAGAUGGCUACCGGGUCAGUGGAGCGAGCUUCAAACAGUGCAUGGACGAAGGAUGGUUUGGAAUCGCAGACUGUAUCUCUCUUACUUGUUCCAAACCGAUCAAAGUGGAAAAUGGCGAACAUUCUUGGAAUAGUGACCGUGAACCAAAAUAUGAACAAACUAUACAUUUCACAUGUGACGCAGGAUACACCUUGUUUGGGAAUGAAACCAUUACGUGUACUGAAAGUGCUGAAUAUGAUUCUGAGCCACCACGAUGUGUCCGUAAUUGUCCCACACCUAAAAGUGUGGAGAACAUGGUUCUCACGAAUGAAUCCCUCCUAAGAGAGGAUUUCCCAGAGGGUACCAAAGUCACCUAUGAGUGCGCCAAUGGAUUUGAAAAAGAAAGUGGCUCUGAGAUCAUAACCUGCAUUGAUGGGACUUGGACUGAGUCAGAUCUAAUCUGCAAGGAAAUUAAACCUCCUUUAAACCUACUGUUGAUAGGCGUGGCAGUUGGCUGUUCACUUGCACUUCUUUUCUGCAUCUUUUGGGUUUGGAGGCGAUGCUCAGAUGACUUUGAAGAAUAGUAAACACUGGAGUUAUUGCAGUUCCGAAGUCUUUAAGUAUCCUUCUUCAUUCAGUUGGAACUGAACCCAGCUGUUGGGACAUCUACUACAGAUGAAGGACGUCUGCCUUUGACAUCUGCAUCGUUUUAUACACUAAUUGGUUUUACCAAGCUAGUAAAAAUUUGAAAACAUU